UCUGCUCAAGAGAAAAGCGCCAUUUUACUGCAAGCCUGUGUCACUCUGAUUGCAGCCUUGUGAAAACGUUGGCUUUUCUCACUUGUUAUCGUCGCCCAGCUCACUCUCCCUGCCACGGGUGUAUGUUAUGUUAAGUAGCUGGUCUGCUUUCUGUCUGUGACUCUUUCCUCCUUGGAUUUCAAUUCCAAACAUGGUUAUCCUUCUAGGGGUGUCUCACUUCCCACCCCAGCCCAUUCCUUUCCUGCUUUGUGUUUCCAGCAGUGCUCACUCCACUGUAGGAGGCACGAAGAGACGAGGCAUAGCAGGUGAAAUAGUGGAAAUUAAAGACAGAGGGGGUGCGAGAGAGAUGAAGAGGCUCACAGAAUGAAGGCAACUACAUUCCACAUGUUGUUUUUUUUAAAUCAUGGGCAAAGAGAACAAGGAAGCGGCUAAGAAGGCAGAGGGGAACAUUUUGUAACGUCUUUUUUUUGAGUUUAUAUUCUUUGUGAACACUUUGGCUUCAUACAAAAAAGGAAACUUUAUGACAAGACAAAACAAAAAAGAACAGUCCUCUGAAGGCUCCUCCUGGACUCUGAAGAAAUCUCUUUCGCGUGGAUGUUGUGAGAGUAGAACAUGAACAACACCAACUUUAACCUCGAUACGAUAAUCUAUGGUCAUUCACUAUGUACAGGAUGGACCAACAGCACAGAGGGUGCCAUCUACCAACUGGGAAACACCAUCCUCAGUUUAGGGUACAUGGGUGGCAGUGGAACUUAUGGAGCACUAUACAUUUUCUCUUUCUUGGCUCCUGCUUUCCUGUGUUUGGCAUUGUGGGGCUGGUUAUCAGUGUGUGGCCUCGAUGUCUUUCUCUGGAACAUGCUGCUGAUGCUGCAGUGCCUAGCCCAGGUGUGCCACCUGAUCUUCCGUCUGAUGCGAGAUGGUCUGGCCAAUGACGAGCUUUCUGCCCUCUACUCUGCAGUCUAUCUUCCACUGGAGGUACCUGUGCGGGUGUUCAAAGAGAUCACUGCUGCCUGUGAGAACAAGGUGCUCGCUCUCAAGGCUGAGGAGACGUAUGCUAUAGAGGGAAAAACACCUAUCGACCAGCUCUCCUUUCUGCUCUCUGGAAGGAUUCGGGUGUCUUUAGAAGGUCAGUUCCUUCAUUACAUAUUCCCUCACCAGUUCCUGGAUUCUCCGGAAUGGGAAUCCCUCAGACCAACAGAGGAGGGAAAUUUCCAGGUGACACUGACAGCAGAGACAGAUUGCCACUACAUCUCCUGGCGCCGCCGCCGUCUUUAUCUCCUUCUGGCCAAAGAUCGCUACAUUGCUCGUCUCUUUUCGGUCAUGCUUGGCAAUGACAUUGCAGACAAACUCUACUCUAUUAAUGACAAACUCUUUGUCAAGAGCGGGGUGCACCUUGACAUCCGUCUGCCCAGCCUCUACCAUGUUCUUGCCCCUUCGCCACCAAGUAGUGAGGGGGGCAGUGGCAGUUCUGCACCCAGGGGAAACGAAGGGAAUCAGACAGUCCUGCCAAUAGACCCAUCACCUAGCAACCAGCAUGUAGGUGUAGCAAGCUCUCAACAAGUACAGGCGAAGGACCCACUUCUAAAAGGUCAGCCUUCCCAGCGACACUCUUCCUGGGCCACGGAUCCUGAGAUGCCUUCUGGUGAGGACUCAACUAGCCUAGUCCUCGAGGACUUUGCUGACAUGAUAGGCUCUCUAGUGGACUAUAGGAGUGAAAGGGAUUAUUUGAAGUAGAAAAUAGGGUGCUGAAGCUAACACUCAGGGCCACUUCUUAAGUUACAUAGGGUGAUACUCCUGGAAGGUUUCGAUAUCAAAGAGGACGUGCUCCACUGGCUCUCACGGAUACCCCGAGGCUC